AUGGCCAAACCACCACGCUUCGCCGGCUCCCACGAGCCUUUGCAAAUCUAUCAGGACGACUUCUUUGAGAACUCGACGGCCAUGAUCAACCACGCACCCAUGCCUGCCGUUUCCAAACCCCCGAGGAGACCACUCGGCGCAACGAACAAUAACAACGUCGUCCUUAAUCCCCCAAUGCUCGCAUCCGACCGACACUCGCCCUUGAAGGCAUUGUCAGGCAACUCAAAAUCGCCCCUCGCCCCGCUCAGGUCGCAGGGCAGCAAGUUGAACAUGGUCCCAAUGGCGCCGCCAUCGGCACACUGCCAGAACACCGAUUCGCUGCACAAAAAGCCCUACUUGUCCAAGUUCAAAACUGUCGCGCAAAAACCUCCUUCCGUGGAGCUUAAUGCCGGUUUCGGGAAAGAAAACGUCCACCCACAGCUGUACCCCGCGCCGCCGCCAGCGACGAUCAAUUUCGACCAGUUCUACAUGCACAAAGGCCCGGGCAAGCGCACGUUGAUGGAGGCAGCCCCAAUCAAGGAAUCGAGACCGCUGAAGAAAGUAAAAGCCCAAGAGUCGGGUCUGCCGCCGCACGAUUCUUUCCCUCCUAUUGUCGACGAUGGCGCGAAACCGGGACACAGCUACGCGACUCUGAUCGGGAUGGCCAUCCUUCGAUCACCACAACGGCGUUUGACCCUCGCCCAGAUCUACAAGUGGAUUUCUGACACGUACUCGUUCUACAAGGCAGAGGAAUCGGGUUGGCAGAACAGCAUUCGACACAACCUCAGCCUUCACAAGGCCUUUAUCAAGGUGGAGCGGCCAAAGGACGACCCUGGCAAGGGCAACUACUGGACUAUUCAGGAAGGCAUGGAGCAGCAGUUCAUGAAGGACAAGCCGGCGAGAAAGAUAGCCACCACUGCCGAGAACGUGCCCGUCAUGUCGACCCGUAUGGAACCCUCGAGACCGGCCAACAUGCCUAUCCAAGAGCCGACCCUUCCGCCUCCCGCGCCAAUCAAGCAAGCGCCCCUGCCGCCGCUGCCUACUUCACAGGCCACAGUUGCUGUUGAGUUUUCGUCCGAUGCCACCAUCCCUGUCUCGGACUCGGCCGCGCCUGAGGACGGACAAGACAAGCUGGACCACGACUGCUCACCUCUGCCUCCCACGAUGCACUCUUCACCGCCAAUUCCACGGCACAUGGAGCCCCGCAGUCGCACGCCUCCUCCGCCCGGGCGCGGUCCUGUCUCUUCGAUUACGAGAUCGCACAAGAGAAAAUUCGCAUCAAUGGACGACAGCGGUUACAUCUCGUCCCUCGAGUCGUCAGCUCUUCGGCCACAGAAGACGGGCAUUCUCACUUCCGAAGCCGACCGUCCUAGGAAGCGCAGUCGCGCAGGCAGGGCCGAGGAUGAGAUUGCUCGCUUGCGCGCGUCGUCUUACGAUAGCCCUAGCAAGGGUCGGUCGUACAACGCGUUUGCCCCACCGUCGUCGUCGCCGCUCCGCCAACAGGGUCAGAUGCUGCCACCGCUUACACCCGCCAUGAAGCUGAAGCCACCUACGAAGGCCCCACCGUCUGCGUCGCCCAACACCAACUUGCGAAUGCAUCGCGAAAAUGUGCGACAGAUGCUUCAGUCUCCAAUUCGCAAGAUGGCCGGCGCUGGUGACGGCAGCGCCCCGUGGAGCCCGGCCUUCAACUUGGACGAGAGCGUCUACAACUAUAACCUCAUGACCACUAACGAUUUCGACAUCUUCCAAGACUACGACAAUGACUUCUUUGAUGGCUUGCCUCAAGAUUCCCCCUCCAAAAAGUCUGGUGGUAAACGACCGCGCCCCGAGCGUACGCACUCGGCUAAUGCCUUGACUGAUUCCAACGACUCUGGCCAAGGCAACAAGUCGGCGCUUUCGACGCCCUUUUUGAAGGCGCCCGCGCAAUCCAAUGCCUUGUGGGAGACCCCCAGCAAGGUUUUUGACGGACUCUCUUCCCCAAUAAAGCCUAACGACGGCGCUUCUCAAUGGAGGUUCCCUUCGCCCACCAAGAUCUCUGGGUCGUUUUACGAAGUGGCAGCCGAAGGCGACUGGCCUGCCUUCUCCUUCGACACCGCCGACUUCCUGGGGGGAGGAGAGCCUACCGAAUACUCCGGUCUCGACAUUCUGCAAGGUUUCGAGAAGAUCGGCUCUGGCUCACAAACCAAGGCUUCGGGUUCCAAACCCGGCAAGCCCGCAUUUGGACGGAGUUACACCUCGCAAUUCUAA